AUGGGAGCUCGCCCUUCCCAGAUGGUCGCCCCCUGCAGGCGCUGGGCUUCCCUCUUCUCCCUCACCUGCUGCGUGGCCCUGCUCCUGGGGCACCUGGGCAGCGCUGCCCCCAUGCACCCCAAGUACCCCGGGGACGAUGCCCCCUUGGAGGACCUGGUCCAGUUCUACAACGAGCUGCAGCAGUAUCUCAACAUGGUCACGCGGCCCAGAUACGGCAAGAGAUCCAGCAGCCGGAUGCUCUGCGGAGACCCCUAUGACCCCUCUGGAUGCUAA